GGCCCGUUAGUCGCGUGCCGCCGGGGGGACACUGAGGACGAUAAUAUCGUAGUACGCCGUCCCGUGGCCGAUCGCCUGCCGCCGCCGCCGCUGACGACGACGACUAUCGUCACUUUGUCGCGCGAGUUCACGCCGCGCGCACGUUGUUUAUCCAGCCUGCGACAGACAGUCACGAUUAUCAAAAAAACAUUUUUAUUUUUUUUUUGCGUCCCGCGGACUGUGAUGACAGACGAUGAAUAGUAGCAAGCCACGUGGACGCCGCGCGCCGCCGAUGUGGUGCAAAGCGUUCGUAACGGUCGGAUUGCUCUGCGAGUUGGCACUGUCGGCCUCGCCACCAGUGAUUUCGGGUGAUCCGGAGUUUACGGAACCCAUAACGAACGUGACGGUACCUGCAGGACGUAGUGUAAAGCUAGGAUGCUCCGUCAGAAAUCUGGGAUCAUACAAGGUAGCUUGGAUGCACUUUGAACAGUCUGCCAUAUUGACCGUGAAUAGCCACGUGAUCACUAGAAAUCCAAGAAUUACCGUGUCCCACGAUAAGCACCGUACGUGGUUUUUGCACAUAAACAAUGUGCAGCAAGAAGAUCGAGGCCGUUACAUGUGUCAAAUAAAUACGAUCACUGCUAAAACUCAAAUCGGAUAUCUCAAUGUUGUCGUACCACCGUCGAUUUCCGACUCGUUGAGUAGUUCAGAUGCAAUAGUUCGAGAAGGAGCAAAUGUGUCGUUGACGUGUCACGUGGAUGGUUACCCGAAACCAGAUAUCAAAUGGAAACGUGACGAUGGUCUGCAAAUCAACAUCAACAAGACCUUAAACGUGAGCGAAUGGGAGGAACCCACUUUGGAACUGCAUCGGAUCAGUCGGCUGGACAUGGGCGCCUACCUGUGCAUCGCCACAAAUUCUGUGCCACCGUCGGUCAGCAAACGGAUAAAAGUCAGCGUGGACUGUGAGUACUUAUACCUAUAUUAUAUUAUUAUAAUAUAACUAAUAUAUACGUAG